GGUGUUCACCUGUCGGCUGGCAGCAGCAGAAGUAGAAGAAGAAGACGCUGCUGUUAGACAGUCCGCCAUUUGCUGACCCUCGGAUCCUCCGGUAGCUUCUUCUUCCCAACAAAUCUGCUACAGCUACACCUUCACCUGAAGCGGUACCUGCGCGCGCGGCACAGCGGCGGUGAUGGCGGCCGACCGGCGCGAGGACAAAGAUGGAGAGCUGAACGUUCUGGAAGAUUUACUGACUGAAGCUCCUGAUCAAGAUGACGAGCUGUACAACCCCGAGACAGAGCGUGACAUCAGCGACAAGAAAGGUACGAAGAGGAAGAGCGAGCGUUCUGACAGCCAGGAUCUAAAGAGGCUCCGCUCCUCGUCAGGCCACGGUACUUCUAGGUCAUCAUCCUCCAAUAAGAGAGCUCCAGGGCCAUCUCUGUCCUCCUCUAAAAAGGCGUCGAGCCCUCGCGGCCGGCACUCCACCACUUACCGUCAUGAGUAUUAUGAUGAACGAAAGGGGAGACGUGGGGCCCGAGAGGUGACGAGGAGCCGUGGAGGAGAGGACGCAAGACGGCGAGAGUCCCAGAGAGGCCUGGAGGGUCUGAGUCAGUUACGCCGUGAUGAGCGGCGAGCAAGUCCCUCCCCCCAUGAGGAGGAGAACCAAUCAGAGGACGAGACAGGAGCAGAAUACGGCUCAGAACAGGCAUCGGGCAGCUCCUCCCCCGCUGCUUCCCAUGUAGAGGAGGAAGAGGAAGAUGACCAGGAGGAAGAGGAGGAAGAGGAGGAAGAAGGUAUGGAAGAAGAAGAAGAGGAGGAGGAGGAGGAAGAGGAAGGAGAGAAGGAGGAGGAGGAUGAGGAGGAAGAAGAAGAGUACGACCGUCGUGGUGGUGAGGGCAAUGACUAUGACACACGUAGCGAGGCUGGUGAUUCACGCUCCGCCUCCUCUGUCAGCUUCUCUGAUGAUGGCGAGUCAGCACACUCAGGCUCUGCCUCCGAGGCCUCAGGUUCAGAAAAGAAGCGGGAGAAGCUGUCAUCGUCGGUCCGUGCAGUUCGUAAAGGCAUGGAGAAUCCAACAAGCAAGCUGCGUUAUAUCCUGAGAGAUGCCCGAUUUUUCCUCAUUAAGAGCAACAACCACGAGAAUGUGUCGCUGGCCAAAGCUAAGGGUGUUUGGUCGACACUGCCGGUGAACGAGAAGAAGCUCAAUGCUGCCUUCCGCUCAGCUAGGAGCGUCGUUCUCAUCUUCUCUGUGAGGGAAAGUGGAAAAUUCCAAGGUUUCGCUCGUUUGGCGUCAGAGUCUCAUCAUGGUGGCUCUCCGAUUCACUGGGUGCUCCCUGCUGGAAUGAAUGCCAAGAUGCUGGGAGGAGUCUUUAAGAUUGACUGGCUCUGCAGGAGGGAGCUUCCUUUCAUUAAGACCGCCCACCUCUCCAACCCCUGGAACGAACACAAGCCGGUGAAAAUUGGACGUGACGGCCAGGAGAUCCAGCCGGACAUUGGUGCUCAGCUCUGUGCCCUGUUUCCAUUGGAUGAGAACGUGGACAUUCACCAGGUGGCUCGCCGCAUUCGUCACAAACGUCGCACACCAUCGGAGCCGCGGCCUCGGGGCCGACCACCACAACGUGAACCGGGAAGGCGUCGACCUGAAGAGUAUGACCUCCACGGCAGGAAGCGACUGCGACCUGACGGUCCACCAGACUUCAGCCAGCGAGCAGGGUUCAUCCAGGACCUGAGGAGCCAGCCAGUGGACAGGCGAUUUUCUGGCGUAAGACGAGACGUGUUUCUUAAUGGGUCCUAUAACGAGUAUAUGAGGGAUUACCACCACAGUGUCGGCCCCCCAGCGCCCUGGCAGACUCUGGCGGGCUAUCCCGGCGUGGAGCAGCCACCCCCACACCAUCCACCCUACUACCACCACAGCCACCCACCGCCUCCCCCUCACCAGGCCUACCACCAUCAUCACCACCCACCCCUGCCACCACACGAGGCCCCGCCCCCUCGCUUCAGAGAUAAGCAACGAGCACCACAGCACCGCGCCUUCACGUCCAGCCCACACGACUAUGACAUGCGAGUGGACGACUUCCUGCGGCGGACGCAGGCAGUGGUGAGCAGCCGGCGGGAGCGAGAGCGUCAGCGUGAGCGUGAGCGAGGUGGCCCGCGCCGUGACAGAGAGCGAGAGCGAGUGAGGGAUAGAGACAGAGAAAGAGAAAGGGACAAGGAGAGGGGGCGGUACCGCAGGACGCACUAAGUGGGGCUCCCUGCACAUCCACGUAACGCUUCAUAUUCCUGCUUCCUCCCAGGAAGAGCUGCACAGUGAUGACUGUAGGUGACCAUCAUCAUCAUCAUCAUCAUCUGGUCCAGUCUGUAGUCUCCAUGAUAGUAGUUGUGUGCAUUUAUGCAGUUUUAGCAGUAGUUAAGUCUCCAAGUGAAAUAUUAGCUGUUAGCCACAAUAAUUAAAGAUGAAUUGUUCUUCAGAUGAACUAAAGUUUGGUCCGGGUGUAUAUUCAGGUGAGGAUACCUGCCUCAGAGAGUAGUUUUGAUACGUCACAGUGGGCGACCAAGGGGCAAGAACUGGAGCACCAUUUUCGGGAUCACCAUUUUAAGAUCAUCCAAAUUGGCUGCAGGACAUGCAGCGUGUGGAUAAAGCAUCAAACUGAGACCUUCUUCACCUUGUGGUAGUCAACACAACCGUGUAGACUAAAGAUGUUCCUGGACUAAUGUCUUAGUCGACUAACCAUGGAAAUUUUUUUUCGACUAAUCGACUGGUCUAGCACUAAGAAACACUCAGAUAUGAAGUUACAUUUGAGAACUGUUUAAUGGAAGCUGACAACAACAAAGCUGUUUUAAACCAUUAAUCCCAUUCUUAAAUAAUGAACCAUGAUGCUUAACUGUGCAGCAUCUUAAUGUGCAUUAGCAACAUUACAUGUUAUACUCCAGACAGCGAGGCAGAAAAACACUUAAAAUAAAAUGAUGUUAAAUAUGAUAUGAAAACAUGUUACGACAAAAGUUAACGUGUUAUUAAAAUGUAACAAAUGAACAUCCGAAAAACUGCAACUGAAGAGUGCGACGUGCAUUAUGAACGAUGAACGCUGUUCACCCACCCACUUCUAUAAAGGUUAAAAUCUAAAAUAAAACAGUA